CGAGAAUCUCCACACUUUCGGUUCGACGACGUCGAAAGAGGACCAGAUACAUGUCCGCUGGAAAACGCCGGCCACCUUAAGAGUACAAUGCACAGUAAUCCUGCAAGCGGCAUCGCGCCUUCCGAAAGCGAAGGUCGGUACGCCCCGCUCCUUUGUUCAACACUGUCUCCGCUUCAUCCCUAGGUACCACCACGCGUCUUCGCUCCAAUGCUGCGACGUUAAUAAUCCACAACAUUGCCGGUUCUUUUAGCCCAUAUUUAAGUCUCCUGGCGACUCUUCAAGAUGCACUCACAGCCAUGCAACUGGUGCUACAAUGGAAGAGACGGCUACGCACUGCCAUAAACCCAAUUGCUCGUGGUUAUCACUGGAUAGGCUCACUGGACUCCAGCAUGUACCGCCUUUGCUUCCAAACCCCGAGCUGUCGGGCAUUGGGGUCAUUCUUGGCUUCUCUAUAACGGCCUAUCUCACGGUUGCCCUUCUCAUCUUCCACUACAUAACGGUUUACAAUCCGCAGCGAGUCGGUUCCGGGGGACAAGAAUAUGAAAACCCAGUUGACCGCGGCAUCCUCGAAUUCGUUCGGCAGCGAAUCAUUGCAUGGAGCCCACGCAGACGCUUCGAAUACGCAAUGGAAAAGUCAGUGCUCAUUCUCAGCGACACCCAACUCGUCACCGGCCUCGCCAUCCUCAUCUCCGGCUAUUCGCAGCUCUCCUGCGGGAUAACAGCCUACCAUUGGCAGAUUAUCGUAUUCGUAGCCUGGUUCUCGUCCUUCACAUUUCUCUCCGCCAUGGCCUUUCUUGAGGGCUAUUUCCAGACGAACCACAGCUUGCGAAUUAUCCGGGUUUGCUUCAUGUUCAUCCUAGGCGGGCUCCAAAUCGUGGCAUUGCUGCCGACGGGAAGUCAAAACUGGCUCGACCUAUAUGGCGAAGGAGGGGGCUUUUAUCCUAGCCUGAGCGCGCAGUGCUACUUCGAACAGCUGACCAUGGCCUCAUUCACAAGCGGUGGACCGCGGAUCUGGUCUAUGAUCUUGUCAGUUCUGGUGGUGGGAAUCUCUUACAUUCACAGCGGUGUUAGGCUAUUCGAUUCAACGGCCGCGUUCAGUCGAAGGUACUUUCGAACCGUUCCAGGCACAUACCUCAAAGGGCUCUUAUAUUUCCUGGAACGCAAAGCUGACCAAAGGGCUCUUGGGGCGGCAAUAUGGACGUUGCCAUACUUGCUGAGCUUCUUCGCAUUCAGCAGCGCCCGCGCAUUCUACGAUCUCGCAGAGUCGAUGCUUCUCGAGAUCAUAUGGCUCUCAUUCGCCAUUGCCUGGGGCACAAUCAAGGUCUGGGCCACUCGAGCAAGCGCACAGUAUACAUACGAUGGCAACCACUAUGGAUACAGCAUCACGGCCCUAGGGGAAGACUCAUGGUCCUUCGGCCAAACUCUACCACUCGUUCUGCUACUGCUUCCGAUUCUUUCCAUGGCUCAGUCCUACCUGGACAACGAUGCUAAAGCCCACGACGCCCCGCAGAAUGCUGCCAUACCAAAGGAACGCCCUUCACCGGAACAUGCUCAACCCGCAGGGCUAUCGGUUUGGUCUGUCCUUCCACGGCACCCGUACCGCUCAUUUACUUGCUACUCCUGGUACAAAGAUCAUAUCGCGCUCCUUGUGUUCCAGACACUUAUGCUCGGCAGUGUCAUUCUGUUCGUACAGAAUCUCCUGUCGAGCUUCCUCGGUAUCUCAUCUAUUCUAAGGAACAGGCUCUUCUUGGUCUGGAUAUUUGCCAUGAUUCCACUGGCCUCGUUCGUGCACUUGGCAUUGUGGUAUCUGGCGGCUUGGCUUGUAUGUCAAUGGGGAGGAGCAGAAGAUUGGUUGAAGGGAGAAGGGCGAACACCUGUGACGCGUGAGGGGCAGAUAGCUCGAUCCCUGAUCAUGCUGUAUCUCAUUAUCUUCGCCAUGGCACUCGCUACGAAGACGCAGUCGCAAAAUAUCUUUGCGAAAUUGAAAGCAAAGUCCGCAAACAAGAUAUGUUUCGACUGCGGCGCGAAGAAUCCGACAUGGAGUUCUGUGCCGUUCGGUAUAUAUCUUUGCCUCGAUUGCUCGGCGAACCAUAGGAAUAUGGGCGUGCACAUUUCGUUCGUGCGGUCGACGAAUCUGGACAUCUGGCAAUGGGAUCAGCUCCGCAUCAUGAAAGUCGGCGGCAACGAGAGCGCGACCAAGUAUUUCCAGACGCACGGCGGCUCCGCCGCGCUCGCGAGCAAGGACCCGAAGACGAAGUACACGAGCAACGCCGCGAACAAGUACAAGGAGGAAUUAGCUCGGCGGUGUGUUAUAGAUGCUAAGCAAUACCCCAACGAAGUCGUAAUAACAGACAUCCCCGAACCAAGCAGCAGUGACGGAACCAAUACCCCAGCAGGCGAGGAUGAUGAUUUCUUCUCUUCUUGGGACAAGCCUACAAUUAAGCGCCCCUCGAACCCACCUUCCCGCACCGGCACACCGCGCGCACAAUCGCCCUUCCUCAAGCCCGAUGCGAACGGCAACGGUACCGCGCGCCCGAAGUCUCCGCUCUCUGCAUCCUCUGAACCCACCACGCCUGCUGCGAUCCCCGCCGCCAAACCUGCUGUACGGAAGACAGCCUCCGGCACCGCACCGAAGAAGAACAUCCUGGGUGCUAAGAAGAAGGGUCUCGGAGCGAAGAAAGUGGUCGCCAGUGAUGGGUUAGACUUCGAGGAAGCAGAACGAAAGGCCCGCGAAGAGGCCGAGCGCGUCGAGAAGCUAGGGUAUGACCCCGACGCGGAAGCCGCUGAAGUCGCGGCCGCCGCAACGAAGAGCAAAGCCGCCGAAGCAUCGAACAUCGUUUCGCCUACUCCUCUCUCGCCAUCCCGCGGCGGGUUCGGCACGACCUCGAAACCGGAGCGCUCAAGCCAGGAGAUGGAGAGACUGGGCAUGGGCGUCGCACGUCUUGGAUUUGGACAAGUUGCUGGCGGGAAGAAGGCUGCGCCGCCCAAGAAGAUGGGCGGCUUUGGCAGCGUGAGCAAGCCGGUCCAGGACGACAGCGAGAAGUAUGCGCGGGAGAAGUUUGGCAUGCAGAAGUCUAUCUCGAGUGAUGAAUUCUUUGGUCGUAAUGCGUACGAUCCUGCGGCAUCGUCUGCGGCGAAGGAGCGGUUACAAGGCUUCGAAGGCGCCACAGCCAUCUCAUCCAACGCUUACUUCGGUCGCCCCGAAGACGACGUCCCCGAGGACGAUUACGGCGACCUGGAAUCCGCUGCCAAGGACUUUGUGCGCAAAUUUGGUAUCACGGCCAGCGACGAUCUGGAGAACCUGACGAGCCUGCUAGGCGAGGGGGCGACGAAGCUGCAGGGUGCUAUUCGGAAUUAUCUGAACUCAUAGGAUGGAUCGUGGCUGGCUUCUUGUUGGCGGAAUAGUCUGUUACAUGUUCUACAAGACGGCAAAGUAGGAGCGGAGCAAAGCAGGGGAAUCUGGCGAACAGUGCAAGGGUGAUGUCAACUCAUGGAUGCGAAACAAGCGAUGGCGAAUAAGGUUGGAACGGUACGAUGUAUGCUAGAGGCAAGGUGCGAGCCGUCCUUUCACAUUGGAGGUCAGCUCUCUGCGUUUCCUUUUUGAAUCCUUGCGGUACGUAAGACAUGUCACUCUUGUUCAAGAAACCAAACUGUCAUUGUAUGUCGUGCUGUUUCCCAU